AUGCCACCCAAAAAUCGUGGCGGUGCGCGCGGGCGCGCAGCCGCUCAGGAUGGAGGACGCGGACGCGGACGCGGUAGAGGACGAGGAAGAGGACGAGGUGCAGCCGUCAGCGCCUUCAACCAAGCUGCCACGGAAGCCAUGUUCGACGCACCAAUGCCUCCACCACCCCAAUCCACGUUUGUUCCUCCCCAAGGCGUUGUCCUACGACAUCGUCAAACAGUUGCGCUGUCUAACGCCUCCCCAUAUUACGAUAUUAAUCAGCCAUCUGGUUACCAACAACAACAACAACAGCAACAACAACAAGCUGCUCACCAGGCUUACCUACAGGAUACCCAGCCACUCUAUCACCCUCCACAGCAAAUGAACAACGAAUAUGGCCAGAUCCCGAUCGGCAUGCCGAUGAAGGAGCCGAUUUUUGCCGAGCCUCUCAUCCCGCCGCAUCGAUUGUUGAGGCAGCAAGGCAAGUUGACCAAAAGUCCGAACGGGAAGUCGCCUGUCAAGGGUAUGCUUGGGAAAUCGCCUGAAGAUAUGAAUACGCAAAUGCAGGGCGGAUUCAACAAUCCCAACAUGGUUGACCCAAGCGCUCAAUAUCAGCGUUAUCCCCCACAACCCGGGUCAGAGGCCAUGCAGCAGCAACACCAUCAUAUGCAGCUGCGCAGUCCCCCUCAGAUUGCCAUGGUCUCAAGCCCGAGUGAACAACCACCCAGGCGCCAGUUGCAGCAACAACUCAGAAGCCCUCCCCAACGGCAAAUGCUCAGCCCAUCUCAGCCAAACAUGAUGAACCCGAGGAGCCAUGAAAUGGCACCACAGGCUAGUCACAGCUCUCCGCUAAUGAACCACACAUCACCAAUGAUGAUUAGCCAACAAUCCCCCAUGACACUACCAAGUCAUACUUCACCUAUGAUGUUUAAUCAGAAUUCGCCCCAAGCUGCUGUAAUCUUACAACAACAGCAACAGCAGCCGCCGCCGCAGCAAAUAAACAUUCAAAAGGUCGUACGCCCAGUCCAGCCAAUUCCUCCGCCCCAACCUAUUGAAGAAUUAGCUCAUACCCAUGAUUGGGAGAAGUCCACUCCAAAUGACCUAGCAGUCGAGGGGCGGGAUGUUGCGGGUGAUUUCCUUGAAGAAGCGCUAGUCGGAAAACUAUUUGAAGCGGCGAUUGACGUUGAUGAUGACAUGGAAGGUCAGCAUAGACGGACACGAUCUCGCAGUAGAAAGGCGCCUUCGGUCCCAAUCCCAGACUCAAUCCCGCUUCAAAGACUUGACGACCUCUCUCCAAUGAAAUUGGAAGACAUGGCGCGUUACCUUGGACCGGUCUUUGAAGCAGAAUCUCAGGCGGAAGCGCAUGCCCAAGGAGUACAACCCGAGCACUUGGACGCGAGCGUUCACAAUUUUGUCGCGCCUCAGCUACACCAUCUGCCGCUUUCACAACACGAAAUGGAUCCGAACCAACCGGGUUGUUCGUAUACCCAGAACGAUCCUUUUGAGGGCACCAUGAAGAGACAAAGUCGGAAGCAAACCUUGCUCGAUGCUGGUGCGUCACCUGAAAUCAUUACAAUGGUCGAAGCAGCGGAGGCUGGCCAUAAUGUCCUUUCAGAAUUUGAAAUGGGCUUUAUGAUGCAGAACGAUGGACAUCAAGUUGAGAUACAGCCUGAACACGAGCCACAGCCACUUUUUACCCGAUUCAUUGACCGAGCUGAAGCCGAAUGCGUGACACCGCCUAUGAUCCAAUCACGUCAAGCCACACCCGUUCCAGAAGAAAUUGUUCCUCAACAUGAACAAUUCCAAAAUGCGCUACUCCUGAAAGUGCAGCAACAACAAAUCCAGGAAGAGAUCAAACUGCAGGAGGAGCAAGAGGCCCUCGAGCAGGCAAUAAACCGCCAGGAACAUGACGAAGAUGGGGACCAAGAGACCGAGGAAGCACGCCAACAAGCCGAACUGCAGAGGCACAGACAAGAGCAACUGGUAAUCCAGAAACAGCGCAGAGAGGACCAACUCAGGCAAUUAGAGGCGGAAAGGGCCAGGAAGCAAAAACUGCGGGAGGAGGAGGAACAAAGAGAGUUUUUGGUGCAAAAGAAGUUGCAAGAACGCCGCGAGCUGGAAGCACAACAGCAGCAAGAGCGGCAAGAGGAAGAGGCUAGACAGAAAAGGAGGAAAGAGGAAGAGGAUCAGCAAAGAAAGGACCGAUUGGCGAGGCUUGAGCUCGAAAGCAAAGCUGGGGACGAGGAGCCGCCUACAAAACGGUCUAAGCACUCGAGGACCGGAGCUGAAAUAGAGCCUGAGCAUCUUGAUACAGCGCCAAGGAAGAGGAGGCUGCAAUUCAAGAGGAACAUUGUGGAGGUGCGACAAUUCUGUCCGAAGCGCACUGUUCUUGACCGAGUGUUUGAAAAGGUUGAAUUGGAAGAUGAGGAAGAGGACAAUGAUUCGGAUACUGCAUCAGUCUCUAGCCUGAGCUUGAGUGUGAUGGGUGACGCUCCAGCUCCCGAUGGAGAUAUGGAAUUCCUCAAUGAUUUGCCUCAUGACAAGAUCUUCCCGAAUCACGAUGAUUGUGCGGCGUCUGUAGAGGGAGAGGAGUCGGAGGCGCCUCCGGUAGAUGAUCACGUAUUUGCCGUCCCGGAACUGCCGAUUGCUCCUGGCCUUCAUCGACGCGGUGUACGUCCCAGGGACGAUCCGGACGCUCCUUCCCGACCUCGUACGGCUCCAGAACCGCGUGUGUAUGUGGCGUCCAAGAAGAUGAAGGACAUCUUGAAAAGCCAGCAGCAAUAUCGCGCAAAAAUGGCGGCUGAGGCGAAGGCUCGUCAAGAGUCUUUCUCCAGAGCAGCUGCUGAUCGAGAUGCUGCAAGCAGGACUCGAAAUCGUGGCGUGGCGACUGGAAUUCCGGAGAAUAUGCGCGAGGCUCCAAGGGACGCUAUUCGCCGAAUGGAGGACAUGUACCGCCAAGAAGUCGAGCAGCGUAUCGCUUUCCACCACCAAAACAAAGAAGAGCUCCCCCCAACUACACCACCAAAUCUGUAUGCGGAUACCCCAGAAGAAGAAAAGGAAAUUGCUGACAAUCCGGCCCAACGUGAAUACAUCGACGGCUGCAUCUGCAACAGCUUCCGGGAAGUGUUCAAUGCUGAUGUGCAAACCUUGGCUAAGAUGCUCAACGCAGCACUCCCGGAGUUCGAGCAGUACUUCAUUGACAAUUUCACUGCCCGGUUUGAGAUGAUGAUAACCUCUGAUGACGUAAGAAUGGCCCGUGUUAUGGAAAUUAUUGGGCGCGCUGCAGCUCUUCUAGACGUACACGGCGCUAAAUAUUUCCUCCAUCAUCUUCUCUGCAUUUCGAGCAAGUACGUUUUGCUACAAUCAACCUGGGUGCGUGUGAAUAUCAUGACAAUGUUUGGAUAUCUUUUGAGAUGGUCCUUGAAUCUUGGUAAAGGAACACGCGGCGUUGUAUGUCAUACCCUUACGGUCCCACAACAAGAAAUGAUUGCCCGGAUUGUACUUCCAUUCGUGAGGCAUAAGUGCUGGCAAACCCGAAAAAGCACAUGUCACGCUUUGGCACUGAUUGACAUGAUGGAUCCAGAGAAGUCGGAUACUUGUCGAAAAGCCAUUCAAUUCCUGGUCCACGAUGAGCAUCGUAGAGUACGAAGGGAGAUGCUGAAGCGCUUAAGAAGGGAUUCAUACGAUUAUCGGCAAAUCGUGGUCGAUGCUGUGGCUUAUGAGGGUGAUGAGAAGGCUGCCAGCGUUGCCCUACGUCUACUCUGCCAGCGUAGUGUCGAGGCCGCUUCUUGCAGACAUAUCUGGCUAGCAAUGCUCUGUGGAACCAAGGCACCAUACGAUACUUUGAAGCGACAUGUCACCUACUAUGGCGCGCAUUGGAUGGCUGAUAUGAAGGAGAUCGACGAUGAGCGCCGUCGCCUUCUAGACCCUCAAGCCCACGAGGCAUCAGAUCCGAAGAAAAAGGAGCAAAAGGAGAAGCCUCAGUACGACUCGGUGGCCUACUGCCUCUUCCAGCUGCUUUGGAGAUUCGGAAUUCCGAGGCUUAUCAAAGAACCUAAAGUGGUCUCCGAGAUCGUUCAUAACCUAUUAUACCAUUACUGGGUUCAACAGCAUCGCGUGAAAGAGAAAGACGUGGAUCCGAGGGAGCAGCGGAUUGAUAUGUACAUCAGAGAGCUUAUGGCUGGAAUUCUGAAGGACGAGCUGGUCGUGACGUGUUGGAAUUUGAAGACACUGCUGUUUGAAUGGGACUUCGAAGCAAUCAUCCCUGCCUUCACCCUGCUGAAAAACAUGAUCAUGUUCAUCAAGAAAUACGGAAAAGAUCCGGACGAUAUUGCGCAAGCCAUCUCUCGUCUUGCCCCCAACUUGUCGGAGACGGCGGAAUAUCUUUUCAAAUACAUCAACGGCCGCUACAGGAACCUGCAACCGAGAUUGAAUAAGAAAUGGAAUCAGCAGUUCGAAUAUAUGAUGAAGCUGAUGCUGUUCGUCUGCAAUAAUGUUGAGCGAUGCCCGGAAAAUUUGAAGAAGUACGUGAUUCUUCUCGAAGUGUUGGCUGUACAGGAGUCAUUGCCGGGCUCAACUCGCGAUAAAAUUAUCCAGUCGCUCGUUUUCAUGAGCUACGAGCUAGCGAGGGCCGUUGGAAAGGAUCCAUCUACCCACGUUUGGAACACCUUGAUGUUGUUGCUGAAUGAAUACAGCAGGAGGCGGAUGUUCAAGAUCCACGCUGAAGCUGAGAAACGCGGCAUCACCUAUCCGGAAGGACAUUUCCCAUCUGAUGUCCUGGCAUUGGCUUGCCGAUUCUUCAUCCAGGGUCUGAAGACCGGAAUUUUCGAUUCGAACUUCUCAAUUGUCAAGAAGGAUUGGGUGGAUAUCAAAGAGGGCCUUGAUAAGUACGCUGAACGACUUCCAAAGCGGAAGGUACCGCAUAAAGAUAUCAAGUUGAUGGAGCUCUAUAUGGAAGCGAUGGGCAUGGUGGCGGCGCAUUUCCAGAAAUUCUUGCCAAAAAUGGUUCAUGAUAUGUGCAUCAUCAAGCCUAGCUUGCAUCUCGAAAUGAGGGUUCAUUUGGCUUGGCUAAAGGCAGUUGGAAAUCUGGCAAACGAGAUGCGAGUCGAAGAGUUCAACCACCUUUGCAUGGACGACAGCUUCCGGGGCCAACUUGGCGGCAAAUCCUUCGAUUUCGUUGCUGAACUAUCGACAGCACUUGAGCACGCCCAAUUCUACUCGCCCUACACAGCCUUGGUCGCCAAUUACGAUCAAGAAAUCUGGACGCUGGCAUGCAAAUUUUUGCUGCACAACCCUUGGAAUAACCAUGCCGAGAUUUUACUGCCGUUUUUCUAUGCAAGAAUUCUGGACCCUGCUCUACGUUCGAACGAGGCAAUUUCAUCCAUACUCAAGGAAUUCUUUGCACUUUUCCGUUCUAAUUAUUGGUUGCAAAGAUCGAUGGUUGAUGGGCUAUUCGAAUAUUAUGAGAUCUACCAAGGUUGGCGGGAGCCAGAAGAGGAUAUUACCGAUUGGGGCGAAUUUUUCCUGGAGAUAAGCCUUGAUGACGUCAACGCUUUCGUAGCACGUUCUCUCAAUGCGCGUUGCCUUGUCAUGUCGGCUUGUUGGCUUCAGAAGAAGAGGCGCACGACGGAGAUCCACUACAGCCGUUACGAGCGCAAUCGAUUCCAAGAAGAGCGCAACGAACAGAGAAGACAGCUUUAUGCAAAAAAGAUGCAUAAGGAUGAUCAUACUCUACCUCCAGAGAAUGUGGAUGUGCCGACAGACGUGGUCAGCGGACAAGUGUACCUCCUUGAAAGGAUCAUUGAGAGACUUGGCGACUGGAACAUGAAGAUGCUGAGCAGCGACUUUUCUAAGGACGCCCAAGGCAUCAAGGAGUUCUGGGCGGACACCCCGGAGACGGCGCUGGAGUUGAUCAAAUCCUGGAAAGUGAUCUUUGAAUCGAUCUGCUUUGAGUAUGGAUGGCAAAAGCGCACGAUGGAGAGGUUGAGAAUUGAGGUCGAGAACAUUUAUCAGUACUGUGAAGGCAAGCUUUGGCCCCAGGAAUUCAAAGAAUCGCUUGUCUACCUGGCCAAGCGAUUGGAGCUCCAUCUGGAGAAGGUGUUGAUCGAAGACCCGGGUGUCGAGCCGAGAAGACUCCUCGGAAAUGUUCGACGUCCUAUUCGAUAUUGGGUCGAUCGAGAUAUCCAUCACCUUAUGUAUGCCAAAGAAAUCCUGCAGGUCGAUAGACUGCGAUCGAUGGGAAAACUUGCCGAGCGUGACUGGACUCCGCGUCCCCGUAUGCCACCCGUCAUUCCAGAUGACAAGCCUGAGCUCCAAGCCCUCUGCGAGCUCCAUCCGGGCGCCUGGCCUUACCCGACCCCGCCUAUAAACGACUGCGCCCCACCGCCGGUCCGCUACAAGCCCCCGUGGGCCCGGACAGAAGAUGAUCAUGGCAUUUAUCUGCCAACACCAAGGAGGCCCGCUCCAAAAGUCCCAGAACCCGAGCCGACGAACAGCAAGAAGAAGAAGAAGCCGCCAAAGGUGUCGAAGAGGAAGCUGGUGUACCAGCGUCCAUCCGAAGCGGAUCUCGCAAAGCUGGAGGCCGAAUGGGAGAAGGACCAUCCCGAGAUCUACGAUAGGGAUGAGCCGGAAGAGUUGGAAGAAGGGGUUGAGAAGAAGGAAGCAGCCGAGGAUGAGGAGGAGGAGCAAGAGUCGGACCACGAGUCUGAUCCUGAUUACGACCUUGACUACGGACCACCUUCAAGCCGCCGGAAGUCGAAGAAGAAGAGCAACGCUCCAAAGCCUCCAAAACCACGAUACAGCGCAGCGUCUAGACGAAAGCUCUAU